AUGCACGUCGUGGUCUCCGUGGGCUACCUGCGGAAGGGAGAGGAAGUCAAGGCGAGCUCGGAGUACUACGGUGUCAUGCUUUUUCGGGCUGGGCGACAAGGAGAACGAGAGGGAACAAAAGGACAGAGGCUGAGAGGGAGUUCGACAGAUGAAGUGUGCGAGUAUUACAGCACAGAUCGCUUCUUGGGGCAGAUACUCCAAACCAGGGUCCGGGUGGAAGAGAGAGGUGAUAGUAAGAAGGUGAACCUAGGGCAGGACUUGUCGACUAGUCUGUCCAAGAAUGACAACAUGGAAAAUAUUACUGUCGCCGACCCGUGA